UCAAGCAGAGGAUCAGUUUCAGGGCUCAGCCAGAGGUGUCUUGAUGAUUAGGUUUCUGGCUGCCCGGAGAAGCCCCCCACGACAAGAGCGACCGGAUGUACCUGAAAGUGGGAACAGUCUCCAAGCUGCAGACAAUGUGGAUUGGAUAUAAGAUCUUGGUCUUUUCUUAUCUGACUACAGAAAUUUGCAUGGAGAAGCACUAUUUAUCUCAAAGAGCAGUGCACCGAGGAGAUUAUUUCCCUAGGAAUCGCACUAUUUUGGAAGGUAUUCGGUUCAAAAGAGCCACUUACCAAGGACGGUACUGUAGAAGUUUUGGUUGCUGUGAAGAUAGAGACGAUGGCUGUGUCACACAGUUCUACGAGGCAAAUGCAUGGUGUUACUGUGACGGAUUCUGUGAAAGGGAAAAUUCUGAUUGCUGCCCUGACUACAAGUCCUUUUGCCAUGAGGAGAAAAACCGGCCCGCUCCCACACAGCCUUGGCAUCUAGAAGGUUGCUUCAGAGAUGGGCAACAUUAUGAAGAAGGAUCAGUGAUUAAAGAAAACUGCAACUCCUGCACAUGCUCAGCACAGCAGUGGAAAUGUUCCCAGCAGGCAUGCCUCGUUCGUCCAGAAUUAAUUGAACACAUCAACAAAGGAGACUAUGGAUGGACAGCACAGAACUACAGUCAGUUCUGGGGAAUGACUCUUGAGGAAGGCUUCACAUUCCGCCUGGGCACCCUGCCGCCGAGCCCUGCGCUCCUUGGCAUGAGUGAAGUGACGGCUGCUUUACCUGCCAAAAGUGAUCUUCCAGAAUUUUUUAUUGCUUCUUACAAGUGGCCAGGAUGGACCCACGGCCCACUGGAUCAAAAAAACUGUGCUGCAUCCUGGGCAUUUUCCACAGCAAGUGUGGCCGCUGACCGAAUAGCAAUUCAGUCUGAUGGCCGCUACACAGCCAAUCUCUCCCCUCAGAAUCUGAUCUCUUGCUGUGCCAGGCACCGUCAUGGAUGCAGUGGUGGAAGCGUCGAUAGGGCUUGGUGGUACCUGAGAAAACGUGGGCUGGUCUCUCACGCAUGCUAUCCAUUUUUCAAGGACCAAAACGCUACCAAUGGAUGUGCUAUGGCCAGUAGGUCAGAUGGGCGAGGGAAACGGCAUGCCACAACACCAUGCCCCAACAACAUAGAGAAGUCCAACAGGAUCUACCAGUGCUCCCCGCCAUACAGAGUCUCUUCCAACGAAACACAGAUCAUGAAAGAAAUAAUGAAAAAUGGGCCAGUUCAAGCCAUAAUGAAAGUCCACGAAGAUUUCUUCUCUUACAAGAGAGGGAUAUAUAGACAUGUUACAAGCACAAAUGAAGAUUCAGAAAAAUAUCGAAAGCUUCGGACACAUGCAGUCAAACUUACUGGGUGGGGUACACUGAGAGGAGCAAAAGGAAAAAAAGAAAAAUUUUGGAUCAAUUACAGGACAGCAUGGUGGGAGAAAAGCAGAGAUUGCUGCCAAUUCCUGGGGAAAGUCAUGGGGAGAGAAUGGCUAUUUCAGGAUUCUUCGAGGAGUGAAUGAAUCUGACAUCGAAAAGUUGAUUAUCGCAGCUUGGGGCCAGCUGACAAGUUCAGAUGAGCCAUAACAUAUUAAAGUCCCUGAGGUCAUGUGUGUAACUCCGUCAGUGAAGGUUUAGCAAGACGAGGUUCUCUGUGAGUGGGACCUUUGCCUCCUCACCGUGUAAAUGUACCUGUUUUCUAGUUUCACCAAGGCUUGUGCUCCUUAUUUGUAUUACUGAGUAUACGAAAAUGCUAAUAAAGGGCAACAGAGUGACUUAAUAACUUUAAA